GUGGCCCUCGGGGACAAGGUCGCGAGCGGGCGGCGGAGCAGCUGCGACAUGGCACGGUGGGUUCGGCCUGCUCUUUGCGCCCUCAGGCUCUGGGGCCCGGCAGGGUGGAGGAGUCUCUAUCCGGAAGUCAGAGAUGUCCCGGGGAAGGGUCAUCAAGGGCCUUCCCCUGGAAGAACAGACGCGGUGGCCGCCAGCCUUUGGGGUGUGAGAAAGGCGUCCUGUGCAGUGGGGCUGGCAGCCCUGAACUCUGGCAUUACAGGCGGAAGAAGACCUAUAUCUUCUUCUGCUAGUGCCUCAAGCGUCUUCGGAAGCGGAGGCAACGGCAAGCAGAAGCUCUUUCUCCAGGACGUAGCUGAGCUGAUUCGAGCCGGAGCCUGCCAGAAGGCAGUGGUCAUGGUGGGGGCCGGCGUCAGCACGCCCAGCGGCAUUCCGGACUUCAGGUCUCCAAGGAGCGGCCUGUACAGCAACCUGCAGCGGUACGACCUCCCAUACCCUGAGGCCAUUUUCGAGCUCACUUUCUUCCAUCACAACCCCAAGCCCUUUUUCGCUCUGGCCAAGGAGCUGCACCCCGGGAGCUACAGGCCCAAUGUCAUACACUAUUUCCUCCGCCUGCUCCACGACAAGGGGCUGCUUCUGCGGCUCUACACACAGAACAUCGAUGGGCUCGAGAGAGUGGCUGGCAUCCCUGCCUCCAAGCUGGUUGAAGCUCACGGAUCCUUUGCCUCUGCCACGUGCACUGUCUGCCGAAGGCCCUUCCCAGGGAAGGACGUUUGGGAUGAAGUGAUGGUGGACAGGAUCCCCCGCUGUCCAGUCUGCACUGGCAUCGUGAAGCCCGACAUCGUGUUCUUUGGGGAGACACUGCCCCAGAGGUUCUUGCUACAUGUGGUUGAUUUCCCCAUGGCAGAUGUGCUGCUUAUCCUCGGGACCUCCCUGGAGGUAGAACCUUUUGCCAGCUUGUCUGAGGCCGUGCGGAGCUCGGUGCCCCGACUGCUCAUCAACCGGGACCUGGUGGGGCCCUUUGCUUGGCGUCCUCGCAGCAGGGACGUGGUCCAGCUGGGGGAUAUGGUUCACAGCGUGGAAAGGCUGGUGGAGCUUCUAGGCUGGACAGAAGAGUUGCGGGACCUCAUGCGGCAGGAAGCCGAGAAGCUCAAUGGACGGGACAGAUAGGGUGAUGGCUGGUCCCCCCACCACUCCUGGGACCAGAAAUGGUUCCAUGGAGUCACUGCCCACCGCUAAGGAAACAGUUUUGGCUGGACUGGAACCUGCGGCCUAAGGAAGAAUGAGGCUGCCCAGGUCACGAGCUCUGUGCCGACCCGUCGUGUUGUGCUCACAUCACAGGCCACCCGUCACACUGGCACCUUUCUGCUGUUGGGACUCUUCAGUCUGCUGAGGCUGACUGCAAAAGCUUUGACAGCUUCAACUCAAACAGACCAACGGAAAGCCCCGACUGGAUCAGCCAUGUGUCCAGGUCUCCAUCCGAAGGGCUCGGCAUCUUGGUCUGUUAGAAGGACCCAGUCUCUGGCUGAGUGGCCUUAGUCACUCCCAAGGCAUGGUCCUGGGUCCCAAGUAAUAGAAUAGGGUCCUUUAGUAUGUUGGUCUCCUUGGUAAUGUUAUUUUUAAUUAAAGAAACUUUAUUCAUUUCUGGCAU